AUGAACAUCAUUCUCUCCAGGGACAGCCAGGUGCGGGUGAUGGAGGACACAGUGACCAAUGCCGAGAAGUCCUUUGGCCAGUUCUGCUCACUGCUGGCCGCCUACACCCGCAAGACAGCCCGGCUGCGUGACAAGGCCGACCAGCUGGUCAAACAGCUCAUCAGCUUCGCCAAUACAGAGAACCCAGAGAUGCGGGCCACCCUGAGGAACUUCGCUGAGGACUUGGCCAAAGUGCAAGAUUACAGGCAAGCUGAGGUAGAGAGGCUGGAGACCAAGGUCGUCAACCCCCUGAAGCUCUAUGGGAUGCAAAUAAAGCAGACCCGGGCUGAGAUCAAGAAAUUCAAAAGUAUCCGGAACAAUGAAAUCAAACAACUGGAGAAACUGGAGAAGCUGAGGCAGAAAUCCCCUUCGGAUAGACAGACCAUCAGCCAGGCAGAGACCAGCGUGCAGAGGGCCUCAGUGGAUGCCAGCCACACCUCCCACCAGCUGGAGGAGACAGUGGACACCUUCCAGAAGCAGAAGCUGAAGGACAUUCAGAAAAUUUUUUCAGACUUUGUGACCAUUGAGAUGGUCUUCCAUGCCAAAGCAGUGGAGGUGUAUUCCAGUGCCUUCCAGACUCUGGAGAGCUAUGACCUGGAGAAAGAUCUGGAGGAUUUUAGAGCCAAGAUGCAUAGAGUUUAUGGGCGUUGCGAUGCUCGGCCAGCACUCAUGGACACCACCCUGUCCCCAGCUCUCCCAUGGUCUCUUGCCCAGAGUUCUCAGAGCACCAUACAGAGCCAGAGAAAAGAAGCAGUGAGGGAGGAUGACUCUGCUGAGGAGGACCCCGUGGAGGACCUCAGGGGACAGGCACAGAGGCUCCAUCAAUAG